AUGGCUGCACCAAAACAACCGAGAAAAAUAAUAUCGGGCAGCAGUUACGCUAAUGUAGCCAAGAGCUUAAGAAUAGCAAUUCUUCCGAAAUCUUACCCGGAAUCAACUCUCUCUAGGGAGGAGCAAGGUAAAAUCGAGGAACUUCUCAUUGAGGAGAUGUAUAAAGGAUGGGAUGCCAAGCUACGAUUUAGCGGGAUACACUUUCAACCAGGACUUAUACUGGUUGACUGCGUAGACGAGGAUGCGGCUAAUUUUAUCCAUGGAACGGCACCUAAGCUGAACGGAUGGGAAGGCGCCGAACUCACCACGUGUGUCGGAGACAAAAUACCGAAAUUACACAUGUUGACAGUCUACCUCCCAAGAGCUAAAGGGGUCGACACGGAAAAGCUGCUAAAACUGCACAUAACUCAAAAUGAGGGUCUACAUACUCAGCUGUGGAGAGUUUUUAGCAGCAAGGAUCUGAAAAAUGGCAAACUCCUAACAAUCGGGAUUGACAACCGGUCUCAGGAAGCCAUUACAACCAACGGCUGUAGGAUCUUCUACAGGUUCAGCUCCGUCCCAAUUCACCUGCAUAAGGGACGAGACAACAAGGAAAGAAGUAACUUAGCUGGGGAAAAUACACCAGCUGUAGGAACGAUACCUGCAACUGUUGCGGAACUAGUGGAGGAGGAGGCGACCAGAAGCGAGAAGAUUGAAGAUAUCAGCGUGCUACCUCACGAGAGUGAGGACAUUGAGAAUCUAGAUCUUUCUCUACUGAACUUGGCGUCCGAGGAAGACUCCGAAAGAAUAUUUCUGUCAGACAUCGACGACGGUCUGAUAGAAGAAACGAAGGAGGAAUAA